CCGGCCACGAAGCCCCUGCUAGCGACCCCGAGCCGGCGGGCUGAGGCGGGCGCCGAGCCCCGCUGCCGUGCCCUGACGGUGUCGCCUGCCGCCGCGGAGCUGUCCAAGCCGGCGGGGGAACAGAAAGCCCCUGGGUCGCCUCGCUGCCUCCCGCCUCCCUUGAGGCCGCGCCGAGGGGCGGGGGUCGCGCCCGCCCAGCGGAGCCGCGGGGUGCGGGGGGGCCGGCGGCGCCGCCGCCAUGAAGCUGGAGGUGUUCUCGCAGCACUAUGAGGACAAGCUGAGCACCGGCAGCGACCAGGAAGGCAGCGGCUCGCUCUCCCCGGCUCCGCCGGAGAGCGAGCUGGGCUCGGACGGUGACUGCGCGGCCAACAGCCCGGGCGGCGGGGCCGGGCGGCCGGGGCAUCCCCCGCCGCCGCCCCCCACGCCGCAGCCCCCGCCACCGCCGCCUGCCGAGAACGCCAAGGGGAAACCCUACACGCGGCGGCCGAAACCACCAUACUCCUACAUCGCGCUGAUCGCCAUGGCCAUCCGCGACUCGGCCGGCGGCCGCCUGACCCUGGCCGAGAUCAAUGACUACCUGAUGAGCCGCUUCCCCUUCUUCCGCGGCGCCUACACCGGCUGGCGCAACUCGGUGCGCCACAACCUCUCUCUCAACGACUGCUUCGUCAAGGUGCUGCGCGACCCGGCGCGGCCCUGGGGCAAGGACAACUACUGGAUGCUGAACCCCAGCAGCGAGUACACCUUCGCCGACGGCGUCUUCCGCCGCCGCCGCAAGCGCCUCAGCCGCGCCGCCCCGCCGCCGCAGUCCGCCCGCCCCGCCGCCGGCGUCCCGCCGCAAGUGCCGCAGGAGACGGCCGGAGCGGGCGCCGCGUCCCCCGGCGCUUCGCCGCGGUGCUGCUGCGCCUCCUCGCCCUGUCACUGCGCGCCGGGCGCCAAGGAGGCAGCGGCGGGGGGCGGCGGGGCGAGGCCGGCGGGCGGCGGCGCUGCCAAGUUCUCCAGCUCCUUCGCCAUCGAGAGCCUCCUGCAGCGGCCGGCAGGACCCCGCGCCGCCCCGCAGCCGACGCCGCACGCCCGCCUCCUGUGGCCGGCGCCGCCCGCGCCCCCGCACCUGCUGCCCGGCCCCUACCCGCUGCUGCCCUACCCACCUGCCGCGCAGCCCCCGCCCGCCGCCCUCUACGGCGGGGGGCUCCUGCAGCUCUGCGCCUACGGGCUGGGAGAGCCGUCGCCGCCGCCGCUGCUGCUGGGGGGCGGGCGGCCCGCGCUGGCCCCGGGAGAGGCGUCGCCGCUGGUGGAGCGGCCGCGGGCGCCGCUGUUCCACGCCGGCCUCCCCAAGGGCGGGCGGGGGCCGCCGCCCGGCUCCCCCCUCUACGGGCCCCUCCGGCUCACCGGGCCGCUGCCGCCGGCGGCGGGGGGCUCGGCCUCGUUUCAGCCGUACGCCGUGGAGACCCCGCUGGCUUAAUGGAGCCCCCCUCCUCCCCUGCGAGGGACCUGCCCGGGGAGGCGUGGAGGGGGAAAGGAGGAGGCUCUGGAUCCCGCACUUUAACUCCAGAGGCGACCACAGCCUCCAAGCAAAAGCCUCGGUGACUGUGCCUUAGUGAAAUGACAGUUGGUUUAACUUAAGCCAAAAAAAAAAAAAAAAAAAAAAGGGAAAAAAAAAAUCAAACAACUGUCGGUUUGGACAUAGCCAUGAGCCUCAAGUGCUUCUUACUGUUCGUUGAGACUACUUGACUUAAGCCAGUCCCUCGCCAUCUCUUUGUAUGCCCCUCUCUUGUCCCAACAUCUCCUGCUACCGAAGCCUGGGGCAGCAGAGCGAGGGUGUCCCACGGAGGGGCGCGGUGGCGGCCGCUGGGGGAUGCGCUGUGCGCUU